AAUUAAAUAUAAAACGGACACCUGGAGAGUAUCUAAGCUUCUCUCUCCAAGUAGGUAAUGCGAGUCAAUAUGGUGGAGUAAUGUGUUGGCCACUCAGUAUUUUCCACGCUAACAGACGCACGGACAUGUCUAGCCUGUCCUGAGAGGGCGGCGAGAGGCUGCUCAUACCCUCUCGCGGCCUAAACUCUAUUUAUGCGUCUGCCGGAAUGGGAUCAAAUGUAAAUAUAAUUCCUUUAACAUAUUUUUUGAGCCGCUAUGGCUCUUCAGACAAGUGGACAAUUUCUCCUUUUAUUGUUUUGCGUACUCAGCGGAGGAAACGCAGAUGAUGACCUAGAGGUAUUCGACGUUCUGUCCGUGGUGCGAGAAGGAGAACUGCCCGACGGACUUUCACGGACCCCAGGCCGAUGCCAGUCCCCAUUAACACCUCCCUCUGAAUAUUCAGCAUAUAGCCUUCACGAAAAUGCUACGUUGCAUCAACUCGCCGCUGGGAUGUUUUAUAACACUUUCCCAGAAGACUUUUCGGUGCUCACGGUAGUGCGACUGCCAGGUUCAGAUCAAAAUCCGAUAUUCGUGUUAUAUUCUGAUGCUGGUGAUGAGCAGUUGCAGCUUGUAGUGGGUGAACUAGUAGAGUUGUACUAUGAGGAUACCCGAGGGGAUCCUCCUGAUCAUGAACUGCUUACGUUUCGUGUUAAUAUCGCCGAUGGAAUGUGGCAUCGGCUAGGACUCAGCAUAAAAGGAGACUCGGCGACUUUACUAGUUGACUGCAAUAUUAAAGAAACACUACCCCUGGACCGCAAGCCAGGAAGCACAUUCAACUUAGCCGGAGCAUUGGUCAUGGGCACCCAGGUUACACCUGAUCAGUUUUACGAAGGAGACAUCGAGUUACUGCAAUUUACCAACAAACCGGACACAGCAUAUGAAAUGUGUACUUCGAUCGCUCCUGACUGCGUUGGAUAUAAACCUUACAGUGCACCUUCUGUAUCUUAUGAUACAAGAACAACCGUUAGCCCAAAAGACAAUAUCGAUUUGCCAGACGAAUAUACAGAUUACGACCCUGAAAUAGAAGCUUCAACAGUUCAUCCUAUGCAAAAUACACUAAGUGCGGAUGAAAAUGGUAAUAGACAAUAUGGACAUUUCGGUAGAAGGAGGUGGAUGGGACGAAACCGAUCUGAUAACCAUUGGCCUGCUGCAGGAGAUUUGACAACAACAAGACCUAACUGGCAAAUCGCUAACGCCUUCGGUGUAACCGGACCAUAUCUGCCAUUGACUGAUUCAGAUGAAAACAGCAUCUUCGGCCGGUUUACAGACGAAAGUGAGUACGUGCCAGCACCACCGAGUGUGGUGUUAUCAACACAGCCCGAACCAUUGGAAAUCACCACGCCCAGACGAAUUUUCCAGCUCAAGAGAGGGGACGAGGACGAAACGGAAACGACUCUUGUUACCACCGAAGCUGCCUACAGUCCUAUGACAACGACGGAAGACGACGAAUGGCUUACACAUCCCCCGGAUUAUGGUCGAGGCAACGCUUCAAUUGGGUACGAUUCGGAAACAUAUUACGAUUAUGGGGGCCAAGGAACCUAUAUGGGUCCUCGUGGAUAUCCCGGGCCACCUGGCCCACAAGGGCCUAGAGGUCCCAAAGGAGAACCAGGAAAGCAGGGAGCAGAAGGUCAACAAGGAUUUCCGGGUCCACCUGGACACGUUUUUGUUGUGCCACUACACCAGUCUGCUAAUGAAAAAGGACCUGAUGUUCAAUCAGAAGCUCUACGUCAGAUGUUAACACAACACAUGGCUGCAAUGCGAGGUGUCGAGGGGCCUAUGGGCUUGAGCGGUCCACCUGGACCAGAGGGAGAAAUCGGUCCAGAAGGUCCGAAGGGCGAGCAAGGAGAACAAGGAGAGCCAGGUCCACCCGGUCCUCGAGGACCACAAGGCCCUCCUGGAAGACUAGGUCGUCGUGGGCAUGCAGGUAGAGACGGGGAAAGUGGUUCAACGGGACCGACAGGUCCCAAGGGUGAACAAGGUUAUCCAGGUCUUCCCGGCAUACCUGGUGAUAAAGGCGAACGUGGAGCUCCAGGGUUGCAAGGGGAAGCAGGAGCUCCUGGACAAGAUGGACCGCCAGGUGACGACGGUCCUCCGGGACCACCAGGACUAUCAGGUGAACUCGGUCCACGAGGUUUUAUGGGGCCCAGAGGAUUUCCAGGACUAAUCGGCUAUCCCGGAUUACCUGGUAUUGAAGGACCACAAGGAACAAAAGGUGCUGCAGGCCAGCCUGGCCCCCCUGGGCCUCAGGGCCAUCCAGGCCCAAUGGGCCCAGCAGGGUCUCCCGGGCCCCAAGGACCUAUUGGAGCUCCCGGAAUCCAGGGUCCGCAAGGUAAACCAGGGAUGUCAGGGCUGCCAGGACCAGAGGGUUCACCUGGUACACCUGGCAAUCCUGGGCAACAAGGGCCACCUGGUGACGUCGGACCACAAGGAGCACAAGGCAUGUUGGGUUUCCCUGGAACUCGUGGAUUGAAAGGUGAUAUUGGACUUCGAGGUUUACCAGGAGAUAAAGGAGAUAAAGGAAUUAGAGGAGUUGAUGGAGAAAAAGGUGAUAUGGGACCAAAAGGUGAACGUGGUCAGCAAGGAGAAUCUGGUCCUCCAGGAAUCGAAGGACCUGAAGGACAAAAGGGAGCCGAAGGCCCAAGAGGUGAAACCGGCCCAUCUGGUCCAACAGGCGAAAAAGGUACCGCUGGACCACCAGGUCCACAAGGAUAUCCAGGCAGUCAAGGAGAGAAAGGAGACAAAGGUGCAUCCGGACGACGGGGAAGAAGAGGCGCUAAAGGCGUAAUGGGCAUGGUUGGAACUCCUGGAGAUCGUGGAGAAAAUGGACCCCGGGGUUACAGAGGGCCGCGUGGACGCCGUGGAUCUGAUGGUGCUCCAGGACCCAAAGGAGAUACGGGUCAACCUGGCCCCCCUGGCCCAAUAGGAGAACGAGGACCACAAGGUUUAGAAGGUGUACGUGGAUUUCCUGGUGCUGUUGGGCCUCCAGGAACUGAAGGAAAACCGGGUUUACCUGGACCACCUGGUGAACGAGGCCCGACGGGAGAACCAGGUGCACGUGGACAACAAGGCCCUGUAGGCGCCAUUGGUCCACAAGGGCCAAUUGGAGAACCUGGACCACAGGGACCUCCAGGAUCAUCAGGUAUACCUGGUACACCUGGUGAUGUAGGAGCACCUGGCGAAACUGGAAAAGAAGGUCCACCUGGGCCACCAGGACCUGAGGGCAAGCCUGGACCUGUUGGAUCAGCAGGACCACCAGGUCAACCUGGGGAACAAGGCCAACCAGGUGUAGUGGGACCACCUGGGACAAAAGGUGAUAUAGGUCCUUCCGGACCACCUGGGAUACGCGGAGAUAAAGGACAACCGGGGGAAACUGGUCAUGAAGGACCUCAAGGACCCCAAGGUCGCGAAGGUCCUAGAGGAUAUCCGGGACCAGGAGGCCAAAAGGGAGAAGUAGGAGAGCCAGGCCCAGUCGGUGCUGUUGGUCGAGACGGACUACCCGGUCCACGAGGAUUAGCUGGUGCUCCAGGACCUAUCGGAUCUCCAGGGGAAGAUGGAGACAAAGGUGAAGCUGGCCCACCAGGAGAGAAAGGCUUUAAAGGAGCUACCGGAGAACCAGGACCUCCGGGUUCACCAGGAAUACAAGGCUUAAGAGGCGAACCUGGUUCUGUUGGUUUACCUGGAGAUAAAGGUCCUCAAGGUGAUCCAGGACCUCCAGGAGCACAAGGUGCUGACGGAGUACGCGGACCACCUGGUCCACCAGGACCUACUGGCCCUCAAGGAGAGAAAGGUCAACAAGGCUCAAAAGGAGAUACAGGAGAUAUAGGCCCUAUGGGCCCCACUGGUCCUAUUGGUCCUAAUGGACCACCUGGGCGACGUGGACCAAAAGGUAUACAAGGUGAACCAGGUCCUCGAGGAGCAGAAGGUCAACAUGGAGAUGUAGGAAAUCCUGGUGCACCUGGACAACCAGGACCGCAAGGACCUGAAGGAAAAUUGGGACAUAGAGGACCCGUUGGACCUAAAGGUGAAGAUGGUCCACCAGGUCUACAAGGAGAGCCAGGAUCAAAAGGACUUCCAGGCCCUGAGGGACCUAAAGGAGAUAUGGGACCAAUGGGAUUACCUGGAGAGAGGGGUGAACCCGGGCCUCAAGGCACUAAGGGUGAACCAGGAGCAGAUGGUCCUGAAGGCAGCACUGGACCUCCUGGGCCGCCCGGACCUACAGGACCACCUGGAAAACCAGGUGAAACUGGAGUGCCAGGAAAUCCUGGUUCCGAAGGACCAGCUGGUGCCCAAGGUAGUCCAGGUGCUCCUGGUGAAAAAGGUGAUAUGGGACCAAAAGGUGCAAUUGGCGAAACUGGUCCUGUGGGACCUAUCGGACCUCCUGGGGAAGAAGGACAACGUGGCGUACGAGGGCUACCUGGACCAAAUGGUGAUGUAGGAGCUCCAGGUGCUGUGGGGCCUCCAGGUCCAACUGGAAAAAUAGGACCCGUAGGGGCACCAGGGCCAAGGGGUGAAAAAGGCAAUAAAGGCCCAAAAGGACACAUUGGAGAUACUGGUCCGAUGGGUUUAAAAGGUGAUCAAGGUGAAAUAGGUAAACAAGGGCCUCCAGGACCAGUUGGGCCAAUUGGGCCUAAAGGAGAUAUGGGUCCCAUUGGACCACCAGGGCCAAAAGGAGAUACUGGCCCCGUAGGACUAUCAGGACCCGAAGGCCCUAUCGGACCAAAAGGAAAUACAGGCCCUGAGGGAAGACCUGGACUUCCAGGUCUACCAGGUGCACCUGGUCCGCCAGGUCUGCCAGCACCUCCACCACAAUUACCAGCUGAACUAUUCAGUUCUAGACGUCGGCGUAGUGUCAGCAUGGACUCUUUUGAUUCCACGACAGAGGACAAUUACGAAGAUGAUGAAAUAGAGUGGGUACAAGAGAUAAUGAACGGAGUGAUAGCGGCCCGCGCACAGCUGGAUGCGGUUGCAAGACCGCGCGGCUCGCGAGCACACCCCGCACUUUCCUGUCGUGAUCUGCGCAAUGCACAUGCCAAUUUAACUGAUGGAUAUUACUGGAUCGACGCACGCGGCGGCGGGCGUCCCCUGCGGGUCUACUGCAAGGGACAUAACACUUGUGUGUACCCUGACAUUGUAGAACAAGCGGCUUACUCCACAGAUGGCAACACUAUUAAGUUUUCUAAACUAGAUAACGGAUAUCGGAUAACGUAUGACGGCGACGGUUCUGGCUCGGUGCAACUACGAUUUUUAAGACUAUUAUCAAAUUCAGUUAGACAGAAUUUCACAUACACAUGCAUCGAUACUAGAAGUAUUCAAAGAUCGGAUAUACCACCGAAGUUAACGAGAAUAAACAAUGUCAAACUUUUCGGUUACAAUUCUGCCGAAUUCAAAGAACCACAAAUUCUAAUAGAUGAUUGCAAGUCGGGAUCUGGAGAAAUAGUACUAGAAGUACGAACAUCGCGUGUUGAGCGGCUCCCUAUAAGUGACUUCCAAACCCUCGGGUUUGCAGACGCGGACCAUCAAUUUACUUUUACAGUGGGACCCGUAUGUUUUUCCUGAAAUCAACGACCCUAUAAAAUAAUGUAAAUAUGUACAUGAAAUAUAUUUAUCAUUGUGUACCUACGAAGACUUGACCCUUUGUAAAUAUUGUAAAUAAAUGUUGUUACGGCCACUGAACUUGCAUUUACUU